GAGCCGCGGCCCCGCCGCACCGGGCAGCCGCCGCCCCGCCGCCCCGCCGCGCCCCGCCGCCGCCCGCCACCAUGUACCUGCACCCGGAGGCUGCCGGCGCAGGGAGCCCCUCCCGGGACGUGCUGCUGGUCUCAGCCAUCAUCACCGUCAGCCUUAGUGCCACCAUCGUCCUCUGCGGGAUCUGCCAGUGGUGCCAGCGCAAGAUGGGAAAGCGUUACAAGACUUCCCUGGAGACUGUGGGAACUCCGGAUUCCAGCCGAGGCCGCAGCGAAAAGAAAACCAUCAACGAUCUAGACAGAGACUUUUGGAAUAACAAUGACAACACAGUGCAGCAGAAAUGGAGCUCCUACCCUCCCAAGGAGUUUAUCCUAAACAUUUCUCCUUACGCUCCGUACGGUGAUCCGCGCCUUUCCCUCAAUGGCUCUCUGUUAUCAGGGGCCAAGCUGACGGCGUCGGCCGCCUCCGGCUUAUCCGGGGACCGGCCCGGGGACAAGCAGCGGCUCGGCGAGGACGGGAUGAGGAGCAGCGUGUCCGCCCACAGCGAGCCCGGAGCGGGAAAGGCGGCACGAGGCCGCUGGCACACGGUGCAGAGCCACUUGGCCGCAGGGAAGCUCAGCCUGUCCAAUUUCGAGGACUCCACCCUGUCCACAGCCACUACCCUUGAGUAUAUCCCCACCUCAGCAGGCGAUCCCAAAUUCCAGAGGCCCCGCACGCUCAUGCGCCAGCAAAGUCUGCAGCAGCCCCUCAGCCAACACCAGCGCGGCAACCACAGCCAGCCCACCACCAGCCAGAGCCUGGGCCACCUCCAGGCCCACAGCGGCCCCUCCGGCACCGCCGCCAACUCCCGCGGCGCCCGCGGCGGCCAAACGCGCCAGGGAACGGCCGCCGGCUCCAAGCAACGCAUGGCCGGGGGCCGGAGCCGCUCCAACCCCGGCAGCUGGGACCACGUGGUGGGGCAGAUCCGCAGCCGCGGCUUGGACAUGAAGUCCUUCCUGGAAGGCCGGAUGGUGGUGUUAUCCCUGGUUUUGGGACUCUCAGAGCAAGAUGACUUUGCCAAUAUUCCCGACCUGCAACCCGCUGGGACGCAGCCGAACCAGGCGAACGCUCAGGGGGACAAGAGGUUGCCGGCCGGCGGCAAGGCCGUGAACACGGCGCCGGUGCCGGGGCAGCCGCCCCACGACGAGUCCGACCGCAAGACGGAGCCUCACUCCUCCGUCUCCGACCUGGUCAACUCCCUGACCAGCGAGAUGCUCAUGCUCUCCCCGGGCUCCGAGGAUGACGAGGGCCACGAAGGCGUGAGCCGGGAGAACCUGGGCCGCAUCCAGUUCAGCGUCGGCUACAACUUCCAGGAGUCCACCCUGACCGUGAAGAUCAUGAAGGCGCAGGAGCUGCCGGCCAAGGACUUCAGCGGCACCAGCGACCCCUUCGUCAAGAUCUACCUGCUCCCCGACAAGAAGCACAAGCUGGAGACCAAGGUGAAGAGGAAGAACCUCAACCCGCACUGGAACGAGACCUUCCUCUUCGAAGGGUUCCCCUACGAGAAGGUGGUGCAGCGGGUGCUGUACCUCCAGGUGCUGGACUACGACCGCUUCAGCCGCAAUGAUCCCAUCGGAGAGGUGUCCAUCCCGCUCAACAAGGUGGACCUCACCCAGAUGCAGACCUUCUGGAAGGACCUGAAGCCGUGCAGCGAUGGCAGCGGAAGCCGUGGGGAGCUGCUGCUGUCGCUGUGCUACAACCCCUCGGCCAAUUCCAUCGUGGUGAACAUCAUCAAGGCGCGGAACCUCAAAGCCAUGGACAUCGGGGGCACGUCAGAUCCCUACGUGAAGGUGUGGCUGAUGUACAAGGACAAGCGGGUGGAGAAGAAGAAGACGGUGGUGAUGAAGCGGUGCCUGAACCCCGUCUUCAACGAGUCCUUCGCCUUCGACAUCCCCACGGAGCGGCUGCGCGAGACCACCAUCGUCAUCACCGUCAUGGACAAGGACAGGCUGAGCCGCAACGACGUCAUCGGCAAGAUUUACCUGUCCUGGAAGAGCGGCCCCGGGGAGGUGAAGCACUGGAAGGACAUGAUCGCCCGCCCGCGCCAGGCGGUGGCACAGUGGCACCAGCUGAAGGCCUGAGCCCCCCCCGGCACCGCGGGCUCGGGGUCCCCGUUCCCAGCUCCCAACCCCGCUCCCGGCGCGGGACCGGCGGGACAGCGGGACCCUGCGGCAGGAGAGGUUGGGAGCCCCCCCGGCCCCCCCCGCUCUCGCCCCUCCCCGGCGCUGGGGGUCCCGGAGCUGCCGCGGACCCCCGGGCGAGGAGGUGCCAGAAGCCACGAUUCCCCCCCUCCACCCCUAUUCCCACCGCCGGGCGGGACUUCUGCGAGUGCUUCCGGAGCCUCUCGACCCCUCCCCGGCCUCGCCCCCACCCCCAAAUUCCAGGGGGGGGUCAGGCUGCGGGAGCAAGAGGGACCCCCCUCUUCCCCUCCUCUUUCAACUCAAUAAAACCUCUCCGAGCGUCAGCGUCCCCCCCCCCCGCCCUUCCGAGCCCCCGCCGCCUCUCCCCGAGCCCCCCGGGGCGGGCGGGGGGCGCGGCGGGGAGGGGGCAGCCCCUUUCCCUGGGAUCGGAAGCCAUGCCACAGUUCCUUAUCCAAAGCGGGCCCGGUGCGCUCUGCCCGCGGCCGCCUUCGAUGCUUUACCUCCGUCUCCGGGCUCGGGGGCAGCGGGGGGGCCGCAACCCCCCGGGGGACCCCCCAGUCCCGCCCUCACCCCCUCCCCGGGCGGGCUGCGGCCUCUCGGGGGGAUGCCGGGCCCCAGGGAAUUCCCUCUCCAGCCGGGAUGAUCCCGGACCCCCGUGAGCCACUGGGGAUAAGGGGUGGAGCGAGCGCUGCCGUGCCCACCCCGGGCAGGCGACAUUCCCUGCGCCGGCGGCAUUCCAGCCCGGCGGGAUCGGCGCCAGCAGCAUCCCUGAGUUCCCCCGGGACGCACAUCCCCCUCCACCGGGACAGGGACCCCCCAAAACGGGGACGGACCCGACGGGGGUCGGGGAGGAGCGACAGUGGGGUCACCCCGCGUGGCGGACGACGGAUCAUCCUCAGUCUUCCUGCCCCCCCCGCGGCUCCCCCCGCCCUUCUCCCCUCCCGCGCCCGCGGCGGGGACACCCACACCCCUCCGGGUGCCACCGAGGCCACGUCACCAUCGUCACAGCGUGUCCCCCCCCGUGUACAGCCCCUCACGGUGGCACCGGGCACUUGGAGCGGGGGGCACCCCCCGAGGUGCUCCAGGGGAUUCUCCGCCGCGGGGAGGGGAACCUGCACCAGAACCCCCCAAAAUCCGCGGGAUUCCCGGCCGCUCGGUCCCUUUUCCCGAGGGGCGACAUCCCUGCCACGGUGGGGACAAGCCAGCUGGGGACACGGUGGCCGCGGGACAAGCCCUCCCGCAGCCCCGAUUUAGACGAUUUUGGACAAUCUGGAGAGAAAGUCAUAAUUCUGCUACUUCAGUAAUAACGACGCUUUUAGGGA